UAAAAAGGUUCAGUUGAUUGAGUGUCGUUAUUCUUGUUGAAUAAUUUCUGUGACAAUGAGGGGAUUCCUGUGCUUUAGUGCUUUGCUAGCCUUUGUGGCUCAGGCCUAUUCAGCUAACGUGGUAUGCUACUUCAACAGUUGGACAGUGUACAGACCUGGAAAUGGUAAAUUUGUACCACAAAAUAUCGACCCCAAUCUCUGUUCACACAUAUUAUACGCCUUCGUGGGUUUGAACAGCGACGGCAGCGUCCAUAUUCUGGACUCAUGGGAGGCCAUCGACCUCAACGGAAUCAGCGACUUGAUCAACCUCAAGCAGCAGAACAAGGACCUCAAGAUCCUUCUCAGCAUGGGAGGAUGGAACGAAGGAUCAUCAAUAUACUCCGCAGUUGUCGGCAACCCAACACUACGAGCCAACAUGGUACGAAACGUUGUUGCCUUCGUCAGGCAGUACGGUUUCGACGGUUUCGACCUCAGCUGGGAGUUCCCCAACGCAAGAGGCGGUGCACAGGCGGAUGUCCAAAAUUUACCUUCUCUGCUCGUGGAACUCAAAGCAAGCUUAGGGGACCUCACUCUUUCUGUAGCUGGAUCCGGAUGGUUAUCGCAGAUAGAUACGUCGUACGACGUGCCAGUUGUGGCUAAUACCGUAGACAUGAUCAAUGUAAUGUCUUACGACUUCCAUGGCUCCUACGACGGUUACGUUGCUCACUCUUCUCCACUCUACCAAUCCUCAAAGGACCGGUCAAAUGGUUUGAGUGUAAAUGCUACCAUUCACCACUGGAUUGCAAGGGGAGCCCCAGCAUCUAAGCUGAACAUGGGUAUCGUAACCUACGGAAGAGGUUUCACUCUGACCGACCCAGCCCAAACCGAUUUGCACGCACAUUCCAACGGACCCUCCGCUGCAGGACCGUACACUCAAGAAGCAGGCAUGAUGGGAUAUAAUGAGAUUUGCGAGUUUGACAGCAACUGGCAACGCGUUUUCGACGAGGAAACGAGAGUACCUCACAUCAUAAACGGUGAUCAAUGGAUUGGAGUUGAAGAUGCCGAGUCGGUUGGAGAAAAAGCGCAGUUUGCCAAAGAAUUGGGUCUCGGUGGAGUUGCGGUUUAUUCCUACGACACCGACGAUUUCAACGGAAUAUGCGGUGGAGGAAAAUACCCCCUGAUUAACAAAAUCAAAUCUGUCCUUCAGUGAAAUAAAAUGAGAUUCUGAAAGUGAA